AUGGAGCUGGACCACUUGGGAAACGGAGGGGUUAAACCGGAGCAGGGAGCAUCUUGUUUGUACCGUGUUGCUUUGGCCAUGUGCGUGUGUGUCUGCGCGGCUCUGCUCCUCGCACUCAUUAUUGUCUCCGGUCAAAAGUCUAUGCAGGAGGAGUUCUGUCUGAGCCCAGAAUGCAUAGAAGCAGCUGGAUCUAUUCUGAGUAAACUUGACCCCUCUGUGGACCCCUGUGAGGACUUCUACUCGUACUCCUGUGGGGGCUGGUUGAAGGAGAACCCCAUCCCAGAAGACUCCUCCUCAUUCGGGAUCUACCCCUGGCUCCGGCAGCAUGUCGACAUCAAACUCAAAGAGUUGCUGGAAGCUCCGUCAAAUUCAGAUGAACUUGAUGCUGUAAGAAAGGCGAGAAUUCUUUAUCGUUCCUGUCUGAAUGAAACUGUCCUGGAGCAGCUGGACUCCGGGCCGAUGCUGCAGACUCUGAAACAGCCUGAGUUCCGGUGGCCCGUGGUGGGAGAGGGUCUGGGGGGGGUAUAUGAGUGGUCCCAGAGCGAGUGGAGUCUUAUCAAGACUUUGGCCCAAAUGAGAAACCAGCACAGCAAGAGCGUCCUCAUCCGCCUCUAUGUUUCUCCUGACGACAAGAACUCACUGCAUUACAUCAUCAAGCUCGACCAGGGGUCCUUGUCUUUACCGUCCAGAGAAGACUACACCACCAACACCACUGCAGCCAAAUCUUAUCGAGCCGCUCUGUUGAAUCUGAUGGUGGACACAGCGGUGAUGCUCGGAGCUCCUCAAAAGUCCGCUCAGGUGCAGAUGGAGAAAGCUCUGGCCUUCGAGACCAAACUGGCUCAUAUUUUGAUUCCGUAUGAAAACCGCACCAGUGAAUCCAUGUACAACAAACACACAAUCUCACAUCUACAGAAGGCCAUUCCACAGUUUGAUUGGUUGGGUUUCGUGAAAGCCGUGAUGGAGGCCUCUGGACAUUACACCGUCACUUCAUCAGAGUUGGUCAUCGUCAGAGCCCCACUUUAUUUCAAAGAGCUUUUCAAACUCAUCGAGGCCACAGAGCCAAGGACUGUAGCUAACUACGUCCAGUGGAGAACAGUGUUCUCCAGAAUCACAACUUUGAGCCGAAGAUUCCUCUAUAGAUACUUGGACUAUGCACGGGUUACCACGGGAACCACCUCCCUGACCCCCCGCUGGGAUAAGUGCGUUAACUACGUGGAGAACUCUCUUGUUUAUGCCACCGGCCGCCUUUUUGUGAGCGCACACUUCCAGGAGGACAAGAAACACAUGAUGGAGGAGCUGAUUGAAGGAAUCCGCUGGGCGUUCAUAGACAUUUUGGAGAAAGAAAAUGACUGGAUGGAUGAACCUACAAAGAAGAAAGCUAUAGACAAGGCUCAUGCGGUGCUGCCUAAAGUGGGAUAUCCAGAGUUUAUCCUCAACGACACCUACCUCAAUGAAAACUUGAAUGAGUUACAGUUUGCUGAAAAUGACUACUAUGGAAAUGUGAUGCAGACGCUGAAGUUUAUCGCUCGCUCCGACCUGGUCUGGCUCGGAAAGACAGUCCCACGAACAGAAUGGUUCACCAACCCCACCACAGUGAACGCCUUCUACAGCUCCUCCACAAAUCAAAUCAGAUUUCCUGCUGGAGAAUUACAAAAGCCAUUUUUCUGGGGGAAUGAGUAUCCAAGAUCGUUAAGUUAUGGAGCCAUUGGGGUAAUUGUUGGCCAUGAGCUAACACACGGCUUUGACAAUAACGGGAGAAAGUAUGACAAAAAUGGAAACCUGGAUCACUGGUGGAGCAACUCUUCCAUAAAUGCCUUUACUGAGAAAACGCAGUGUAUGAUCGACCAAUACAACGACUACCACUGGGAGGAGGCGGGACUUCAUGUUCGCGGUAAAAGAACUCUGGCAGAAAACAUAGCAGAUAAUGGAGGAGUAAGAGAGGCCUUUAGGGCGUACAGGCGCUGGGUGAAGCAGAGCAGAGGGGGGGUGGAGGAGUCACUGCUGCCUGGACUGGGACUGUCCAACGACCAACUCUUCUUCCUCAGCUACGCACAUGUCAGGUGUAACGCUUACAGAACAGAAGCGGCCAGAGACCAGAUCCAGAACGGAGCCCACAGUCCUCCCAAGUUCAGAGUGAUCGGAGCCAUGAGUAACUACGAGGAGUUCAGUAAGGCCUUCAGCUGUCCGCAGUCCUCUGUGAUGAACCGGGGGCCGCUGUCCUGCCGUGUGUGGUGA